AUGAACCGUGCUUUGCUCACCUUGGCCAAGAAUCCGGCAGUUUUCCGCCGUGCUAUUCACAAGGGUGUCGACUCCACGCCGCCUCUUCGAUACACUUCCAUCACCGAGAAGGUUUCGUUUAUUCAUCCUUUAUUGAAGUCAUAAUAGAAGUUAUUUUUUCUGAUUUUUUUCAAAUAGUUUAAGUUUUUAUGAAUGGUAGGAGCUAGAAUGGAACUUGUAAUUCUAGAAAAAUGAUACUUUUUUUAUAAUUCUAUUUAAACCAUCCGAAAAAGAGUUACUUCGUUGUUUUAAGACACCAAAAGCGAAACUGAAAUUAUAGGACAGCUGAAUGACUUACAAACACCGAGCGAGAUUUUUUUUUUCUUACUAUUUUUUGAUCCUUUCCGUUGUGUUCAAAGGAGCAUAGAAAGUUUUCAUGAUUUUUUGAGAGCGAAAAACGUUUUUUCUUCGCCGUUUAACUUCAUAGAACUCAUUUUUCAAACAAAGUAUAAGAAUAAAAAUCAUCUUUUUAUAAUUGUUUUCACACGGUUCAUGGGUUGUAGAUUGGUUUGUACGGCUUCAUUGCGUUCGCCUUCCUGUCGUACCCGACCUACGUGCUUCUCCGGCUCGACCAGCUCCGUCCCCGCACCGACGCCGCCUUGGCCCCAGAAGUCCAGGAGGAAAUCGACGCUCGGGUGGCCGCGCGCAAAGCUCAACACUAG